AUGCCGCGAUGCGAUGAAGCCGAGCCGCGCGGCCUCUCAGUUGCGCCGGCCUUCACGUGGGGAACGAACACUGCUGUCACUGUUGCUGCUGCUCCAUUGAGUGACACAACGGCGGCUGCACGCUGGCUGCAUGCACGGGAAGGUGUGCGGCCCCCGUCGUGGUGCGCGCAGUCCCGCACCGUGAGCCGAGGCACAUGCGAGGAAGAUUUGGUCGUCGCUCGGCCGUGUGUAUCGUCCAAUGAGACAGAGCCCUUCGUUAGCAGCAGCAGCAGCUGCAGAAGCAGUGGUGGCGGCGGCGGCCCCAGCACGCCCUAUCCGAAGCUUCGCUUUCUUGCGGCUCCGAAGUGCCUUGUCCCGUUUCGGCCUUUCGCUCUUGUGCUGGACGUCACGGACGCACUGGGUGGCACGCUGAGUGCACUGCAUCUGCUGGAGGCACUGCGCUCGCGGCAGCACCUCCAGCAGGCGCCUUCACCCCUGCUGAAGGGACUCUACGUGGACCAUUCACUGCCUCCUGUGAAUGUGCGUCUAUCGAUGGAGCGGUGUGAUUACGGCCUGCACUCCAGUGAAGGCGCAGACGACAACAGCAGCACCAUGAAGAGGGGCAACAAUAGCCGAAACCGUGAAACCACAGCAGCUGUGGUCACAUGCCCGUCACCCUUCGCCAACAUGCGGUACGGCAACGACGGCGAUGGUGCCAUCAGUCACGCACCCGCCCCGCCCUUCACCACUAUGUCUGGCAUCCUUAGCGACCAACACCUGGACGGCCUUGCCAUUUCCCGUAUUGGCAGUAGCGACAGAAGCGCAAACAACAACAUCAGCGCCUGCGGCAGCGACGACGACAACAACGACGACGAAGGAGAGUUUGCUUCGAACGCCGUUGACCGCUCGGCGUGGGCUGCCUUUGCGCACUCUGAACCGUGCGUUGCCGUGCGCCCACCGGAGUCCUCGCGGUGUGGUGUGCGGUUCCGUGUGGGCUCACACACACGUGCCAUUAUCGGGCUGCUCAACGCGCGACAUGGCAGGCGCAGUCUGAGGAGCCGUUUGAGCCAUGACAGGAAUAGCGGCGGCGAGAACAACUCAGAGGAUGGUGCCAGUGAUGAAGAAGAGGGAGAGGGACAAGCGAGGGACGAAACCAUGCAGUGUGUCGCGAAGGAAACUGUGUGGCUAUUUCUCAGAUAUUCGAUCCACCUCAGCGCCGACUGCGACACUAAGGAGGGGCCGCUCGUUUUUCGCAUUUACGAACACGGCCAGAUGGCGCGUGAGGUGGGAGAUCAAAUCGCAAACAUCGGCGACGUCUUUGCUAUUCGGCUGCUGCCAAGCGGCCGCUGCGUCUACUUGCACAACGACCAGGUCUGCUACAUCUCUCCACACCUCUCACGGCCGCAGUGUGUGUACAGCGUGAUGCUGCGCGUGGCGUACCAGGCAACCGUCCCUGCNCUGGACGGCGUGACGCUGCUGCCCUUUGUGUCGGGGCUCCCGCGAGUGGACGUGCCCUCGUCGCUGGUGUGCAAGCCGCUGUGGCCGCCAGCACUCGCUGCGAACUUGCAUCACGCCUCUCCGGCAGCAGUGGAAGUAGCCGACGGGGAGUCUGCAAUGGAAGGCGUCAUUCUGCGUGCAUGGCUGGAGGGCUUCCCUGUCGAUGCGGCGCUGCACAGCACGACUCUGGCGCGUGCGUCAUUUCCCAUGUGGGCCAUAGCCGCACUGUCGCUUGUGUCCUCCUUUGCUCUUGCUUCUGGUGGCCGCCGCAGUGAUGGCGUCACGGAAAUGCUGCGGGAACACCACCGCCACGCUCCACUCCUGCUUGUGCAGCAGUGGCAAGCGAGUGAGGAAGAGUACCCGAGGCGUCCCCGCACGUACGGCGGUAGAGCAGUGUAG